GCUCGCGCAACGCGGUCAGAGCAGUUUAAGUAGCUACCGUUUGACGUAUUUGCGAAAAGUACGAUUCAAACAUCAAAAUUAUCACUACAGCCAUAUUUUCAAAGUAAUACGAUAUUAUGUUUUAACUUCUGAAAAGGAACACAUCCGCUCAUGCUCUCAGAUGGGAACCUGAUCUCGUUCUUCGUUCCCCUCAGGACGCAAUUUACCGUAACACUACGUGUGUUGUCGUCUUCAAUCAGGAAGAGGAACUGGAUUUAGUCGUUAAAGCCACUUCAUAUUUGUCUGUAGGUCUUCUUUUGCCUUUAAAAAUCACGAACUCAAGCUACAAUGACACAUUUAAGAGUUCUGCCACUGGUUUUGACUUUGUGGGUUGUUUCCUUCGCCGAUGACACGGACAAAAAGUCUAACACUACUGGACCACCCGCACUUAAGAACACUUCCAGCAUCAGCAUCAGCACAGGAGACUCUCACAAAUAUACCACCACUAACGGUACACACACAAAAAUGGGCUUCAAUCUGGACGGCGCGAUGAUAAACAGGGCUCUGUAUGUUUUGAUCGGGAUCACAGCAAUCGGAGUUUUGUAUUUCUUAGUGAGAGCGGUCCGUCUGAAGAAAACAGGCAUUCAGAGAAAGAAAUACGGGCUCCUGUCAAACUAUGACGACACAAUGGAAAUGGCCCACCUUGAAAGCGAUGAGGAUGAUACCACUGUUUACGAAGCCAAAUCUUUGAGAAGAUGAAUCUCUGGGGGUGUCUGG